CGGCGUGUGACCGUUGUCAAGACGACUACGCAACAAGUGAAUCACGGUACACCCACCACAUGGUGCUUUUAUACGCCUUCAGCAGCAAACCACAAGCGAUAAACAUCAAACCUUGCCCUAAGUGCCUUCGAAUCAAGGAAAAAUCACCAACUUUUCCCAAAAACAACGCAACCAGUAAACAUUCUUCGGACAAUAUAAGUGACAUUUGACUGUUACAUGUAAAUAUUUAGUGUCUAAGUCAACUCACGUGUUUUUGUUUACUUUGCCAGUAAACUGGGGAUGCUCAUCAUCUCGGUUAGUGAUAUUAUCAAAGCAGAAGUGUUUCCCGCCUUUUUCGAACGAGCGUACACUUGCCGCAACGAAGACAUUUGUGAAACGCAUUGUAAAUAAUGUUAUGACAUUUUGAGAAUUUGAAAUUAAAUCGUGUAUAUUGUUACGCACGAAUGGUCAAGACAAACAUACUUCAACGCAAAUUGAAUGUGAUUAGUUGAUUUGUAUUCAAGUGCAUCUGUGUGUAUUCAUCACUAUCACCGGUGAUUUCGACUUUUGUGAUUUGUGUCUUUAAGCUCUUCGUGCUUGCCACCACCCGUGCCUUGAUCUUCAAAGCGCCGAUUUUCUGGUAUUUUCCGAAAAUAAAUAUGUUCGUGCAUUGAAUUAAUUCAAGGCAGCUCACUUUAAAGAGCAAGGUUGAAAUCGGAAUUUGUGACUGAUUAUCCUAUGGAACUCUCGGAUCGCCGAGGGUGUGUGUUUUUCUAGUGCGCCCUUCGGGGCUAUGGAUACGGGGGCUUGUUGUGUAGCCCCCUCGGCGACGCCUCGUUCAGACGACCAAAUCGUCCCAGCUCAUCCAGGAGACUGCUGGAAUCCGCACCAGAACAACCAUUCACAACCCUUCGUCGACGCUUGGCUUCUACAAAUGCAGACCAGUGACUUGGACACAUUCCUGUGUAAACAGGAGUGGGAACGCCGUCUAGAAGAAGAAUUAGACAAACCUAGGCGAGAUUCAGCAUCUCAGAUAGAUGAUUUUUUUGAACCUACCCACAAUCGUCAUCAGCCCACCAUGAGCUACGUGUCCAUGCGAAGUCUCCCAGGUACCGACGAUGAUGUAUUUCUUCGGCCACCUCUUUGGGAAGACAUAGCUAGUAGUAUACAAAACAUAGAUCCUGAAAACGCAAAUAUGUUAGGAGUAAGUCCUGGUCACGUAAAAUUAGAAGCCGUCGACGAAUUAACUGCCAAUUGCCCCCCAACGCCAUCUCCUCUACUCUCACCCUUAGAAAUAAAAACAGAAAAGGUGCUGCAGCAAUCUACCCCCACCCUCCAUUUAAUGGGUACGCCCACGAGCCCUUACAACCAGCAGCAACCCACGAGUCCGCAGCAAACUCCCCACUACCACCAGCCGCAGCAGCAGCUCCACCACCCGCAUAAUAACAACAACAAUAACAAUAACAACAACAACAACACACACUCACAAUACAAAUAUAACAAUGCAGUGGCGCCGAGUCCUGCGCCAGGCAACGCUCUCUACCCGCCCAUCUCUAGGUUAAUGUACGGUUCGCCAUUAACGCCCCCCAGUUCAGAGCCGGGGUCUCCUGGAGGAACGCUUCCGAGACGCACUCCCCCGCCCCCGUACCCUGCCCCCGGAUGCCAGCAGCAAACCCCCCAACCGACGAUUAAUCGAAUCACGUCAUCCGCGGCAAAAUAUAAUAGGCGAAAUAACCCAGAGUUGGAAAAAAGAAGGAUACAUCACUGCGAUUUCAUGGGUUGCACGAAGGUGUAUACAAAAAGCUCACAUCUAAAAGCACAUCAAAGAAUUCACACAGGCGAAAAACCUUACCAGUGUCAGUGGCCCGAAUGUGAAUGGCGAUUCGCGAGAUCCGACGAACUCACACGACAUUACAGAAAACACACGGGAGCAAAGCCAUUCAAAUGUGCCGUUUGUGAGAGAUCUUUCGCCCGAUCAGAUCAUCUUGCCCUACACAUGAAGCGACACCUUCCGAAGACAUCUAAAUAAAAUUCUUCAGAGUUGAAUUUUCAGAUGAACUUAAUUUAUCAUCACAUUCCUCUCUAUUUUCUCUUGAAGAGCGAUCUCAAAUAAUAUCUAUGAAGACGUACGUACAUUUCGUUCGAAUUAUGUUUUGUUGUAUCCGCGUUAUACCUCAUUCCACCGCCAAUGCCUUUUGUGAAUUUAGAGGCCUUUUCCAGUGUACUUAGAAACAUAAUAUUGUAAUAAUUGUGUAAUGCAAAUUGUGAUUUUUACUUAAAUACACUUUCCAUCCACGCUUGACGUACUAUGAUAGACUAUAUUGUAAAAAAAAUCAGUUUUAUUUGUUUUUUUAAAACUUUGGUUGUGAAAUAAUUAUUGUUAUUUAUAAUAUUGUUUAUAAGUGAGGCACUACUGAUAAUUGUUAGGAGAAAUUUCUUUAACAUUGCCAUCUGUUUUACCCAGUGUUGUGAUUUUUUUUGAUGUUCUAUUUUUGUUCGAAUAUGUCGUAUACAUUAUUCAGUAUAUGAAGUUACCAAAUAUGUACGUUAAAUUAUGUACAUAAAAAUAAGAUUAAAACUGACUAGAAACUAGUCAAGUAAUUUCAAUAUUUGUAAGUAGAUUGUAAUUAUUCGCUAUAUUACAUAUUUAGCGUAUUUAUAUCGUUAUUAUAAGUAUUAUAGAUGAAACACAAAUUUUAUUAACAUUACUUUGUACUUCAUGUUAUUUAUAUGAAUAGAGAGAGAGAGAGAGCAAACUAGAGUACACAAUAUUUUAGGUAGAAAUUGUUUUCUUUUUUAAUUUUGUAUAAUUUACUUUUAAUACAAGUUUAUUUUUACCA